AUGGCGGUACUCAAACCAUUCAGAGGCGACUAUUACCUCUGGGAAUAUCUACCAAGUCUCCCAGGUGCCAUUGCGUUUACAAUCUUUUUUCUUGUCAUUACUUCAGCACAAGGAUGGCGCAUGUUUAAAGGCAAACACCGGUUCUGUAUACCUUUUUUUAUCGGUGGAGUUUGUGAAGUACUUGGAUAUGUCUUUCGAGCUCUCGCUUGGAACGCAACCAACUCCCUCCCGAUAUACAUCAUGCAAUCCCUCUUCCUUCUCCUUCCGCCAGUCUUCUUCGCCGCGACAUUAUACAUGGUAUACUCUCGCAUCGUCAGAGCUGUAGGCGGAGAAGAUUGUUCUCUUAUCUCUGUCCGAAAAACAACUCGACUUUUUGUCAUUGGAGAUUUCAUCACGUUCAAUAUCCAAGGCAAUGGCGGUGGCUUGCUAGCCAAUCAGAAACUCGCCAACGCCGGCAAGAUCAUCGUCAUUGUCGGCCUCAUUGCACAAGUUAUACUCUUCCUCGCAUUUGUGGUCUGUUGUGUGGUAUUUCACCGACGAUUCAGAGUCCAUUUGAGACAGUCUCACACUCCUGUCGAGAUACGCUGGGAAGCAUAUCUCAACAUGCUGUAUGUUACUUCGGCUCUUAUUCUUGUGAGGAAUGUCUUCAGAGUUGUCGAGUUUGUCAUGGAUAAGGAAGGCUAUCUUCAGCAGAAAGAGUGGCCAACCUUUGUGUUUGACUCUGUUCUUAUGUUUCUUGUCAUGAUGGCUUUUUAUAUCUGGUAUCCCGGAAACCUUACAUCGCGCUUGAGGGACUCUACCGUUGAACUUGUUCCGAAGCGACGUGUUAGCGCAAGGGAAGCCAGCGCUUCAGAGUAG